UCAGACGGCACCACUUAUAACGUCGGUGACGAAUGGAUGCCCACUCCUUCUAAUUUAUGCCGAUGCGUCGCACCACUUUCCAUCCAGUGCACGUUGAUUUUUAGGUGCGCUGAUAACCAUGGAAACACAAAAAAUCCUGGUGACCAGUGGUUACAGAGCCCAACAAUCAGUUGUACCUGUAAGCAAGGAAAUUUGGUAGCAUGCACUACUUUAAAACAGCCCGUUUGCAUGGAUGGCAAUGGAAACUUUAGGAAGGAUAAAGAAAUGUGGACUAACGGUUCUUGCGUGCACUGCACGUGCAUUCUUGGUAGCAUAAACUGCACUGGUUACCAUGUCAAUAUAACUCAUGGGUUGUACAGUGUCAAUUCAUAUCCAACCUGUGAAGGGUGUGAAGUCAUGUCUAGAACGGAGGGUGCCCUAAGUUCAUGCAGAGGUGAGUUAAAAAAAAUAGAGUUAUUUAACUUGCGUAAUAAUGAUUUAUGAUUGGUGCGAUAGUUUUAUGCGUUUCCAUGGUCAUGUUUAGCAAGUAAAAAAGGAUUAUCAUAUUUUCCGACAUAUCUAAGCCUUUUUCAAAAGAAUGAAAGAGAGAGAUGUUAUGUACGUCUACUUUGUGUCUCUCUCUUGAUCUUUUGUUUUCCUUUUCACAAAUGUAUCUGAACAUUAUUACAGUAGAAUGAAUCUCUCAUAAGAUGACCGUACGGCCCCGCGCAUGCAAUUCCAUAUAAACCAUUGUGAAAGCCGGUCGGAGUGAAGUCAUCCGGCUCAGUAUUGACACGAUUAUUUUGUAUUUUCCAAGAACAUGAAUGAAACUGUGAAACUGCGACAUAUUUUUCCCUCCGCCGUCUUGGUCGGUCGAUAAUUAUCUACUUAUUCUAUCUAUUGUUAGCAUAUCAUGACCUCUCUACAAAGGAAAGGCUGUUCCAAUGUGCAAGUCGGGGAUCCUUUAUUCACAAAAGUCACCAGUGCAACAGGAUUUAUGAAUGCCCGGAUAAGUCAGACGAAAACGAGUGCGAAAAUGGUAUUUUGCUGUAAUCAUGAUAAUUUGCAGGGGAUGCCUAAAUCUAUCCAUUUUUAUUUGCCAUAUUAUUUGUUUGUUUGUUUUUUUCUUGGGAUUAGGAGGAGAUUUUUCACGAAUCUUUUUUUCGUACUUUAAUAAGCUUUUGCGAUUGCCCUUGUCUGACUGCUGCAUCUUUUCACCUAAGGGACGCGUAAAAACACUUAUUCUAAAAGCUAUACUCAUUACCUUUCUGAUGUUUUUUUUUUCAGUAUUUUACAAUUGAAAUCACCAUAAGAAGUCAACAAUGAACAUGCCUGAUGUUCUAAUAUUUUAUUUCAGCCGUUUGUAGAGACAAUGAGGGCGGUGUCUAUCUCAUAAAAGAUAAAAACGGUUGGCCAGUUUCUCAAUGUAUGAAGUGUUACUGCAAAGGAGGGCUGCUGACAUGCAGCAGACACUUCAAAAUAAACUUCCCGGGCUAUCUCAGUGGUAUCUAUACGCAGUAUGAAGACUGCAAUCAACCUUUAUGCAACGUCGCCAAGUUUAUACGAGAAAAUGGAAAUGAUUGCGAAGGUAUUAGGGAGCUAAAAUAAGUGACAAAAGUAGUUGGCACGCCUCCCUUCACUCGGUGGUCGGCAAUCCCUCCACUCACCAUAAUAAACAGAAAUCUUGUUGCUCAUCUCUGAUAAGUUACUUGCAAGUUCCCCUCCCGAAACUUGAUUAUAUAUGUUUUUCCCAUAAUUUUUAUUACUUUUAGCGAUUUGAAAUUGUCCUCUUUUUUUGUUGUAAUAGACCAUUACAUGACAGGUCCUUCAUAAUCAUUCGCUUUUGAAAUUAAAGUAACUUAUCUUAAUUGUGCUCCUUACAAUUAGGCUUGGAAUUUAUCCAGAAUAAAGGUGUUUAUCUAGAAGGCCAAACAUGGAAAUCUGACGGAUGUCAGUUUUACUUUCCUGGCGCCAACGCUGACCCGCUAAACAUUUGUCCAGCUAUGACCAGACCUGAAUGUUAUGUCUACAAUGGAGCUGUGUGCUGUGCAUCUGAGUGUCCAGGUAAGCACUUCGGUCAAGUGUACAACUAAAGGUGGUGGGUGUUGCCGAGGUACAUGUGAGUCCUUUCGUUGUGGAGAAAAAUUAAAAAUUCAUGGGUGAACAGUAAUUUCUUAUGACUUUGGAGGAGGGGAAGGAGAUUUUGGGGGAUCACAUAAUUUUCAGGGGUACUGAGCGAAGGGGAGAUUGGUCGUCAUCAGCAUAGUAAAGAGGAGGACUUUAGAAAAUUGAGUGUCAAUAAGAGGGUGGGGGGGGGGCAUAAGGAUAUUACACAGCCUUAUUGGGGGUUGGGUCAGGUAAAUAUUAUGACUGGUUCCUAGGGAGCGAAAAAGAAAGAUUUAAAAGAAAAAUUAUCGACACGACCUUGUUAAGGGCUAGCUUUUUGGGUCCCCUCCCAAACGCUCUUUGGAAAAAAAAUCUGGCCUGGAUUUUUCAAUUUUGUCCUCUCUGACCAUCACUAAAAUUUGCCAUCGUAAACCCUCCUUUUUCGUUCCUUUUUUGUCGGUUCUUGUCAGGUCUGUUUUGUGUUCGCUAGGGAACUUUUCUAUCAAUAUUUUACUCUCUGAUCUCUCUAACAACCUUAUUCAACAUCUCUUCUUCUAGACAAUUUUAAUGUUAAACAACAUAAACGUGUAUAUAUAUCUAAUGAUCGAAUUUUUCCCGCUAUCUAGUAUAUUUUGGUGACCCUUUUGUUAUCCUUAUAAAAGUCUUGCCGCAGAUUGCACACCAACUGAGAGCGAACCUUACUUUGUGUCGCGGUGGCCGUCAGCUUGUGUCAGAUGGCUUGAACUGUAACGACGCUGGUCACUGCCUGAAGAACUUUCACGUCCAGAAUUGUUCGUCAGGUAACGAAACUGACAUUCAAAAUAAACAUACGCAUUUCUGAGUUACUCUCGUUGUGGAAAUAAAUCGCAUUGAAAUCACUUUUCCAUCACUAUGUACUGUCCGACAACCGAUCAUAAAAAGCAUUUUUAUGAUCACAGUUUUAAGUUUCAUUGUUCCUCUUCCCUAGAAUUAUACUUGUUGACCAUAAAACAUCUUUAAUAUUUCAUAACUUUUCUGUGUUGACGCUUUUUCAAGCUUAAUUGUUUUAUAUCUGUCUUUUUAAGAUUUUGUUUUUGUCAUGCGCAUUUGAAGUAGGUGGUCACGUGACAGGCAACAGGUGGUUGUUACUCCCUUAUUCAAGACGCCUAUUGAAAAUUAUCUAUAUCUUUCAUUCUUUCAAAUAACAUUUGUGAAUUCUUUCUUUCAGAGGUCACCUGUCGCGAUGAGGACUCCAUCCAGUAUUUCGAGGGUGCCACGUGGUCUGUUGGCAGUUGUAUUCAGUGCAGCUGUACUCAGGGCAAGAUUCGCUGCAAAAGGGAGCUCUUUCUGGUCUCAUUUCUCCAGCUUGGGGGACAAAAACCAGCCGUGAUCCUGAACGAACCAAAUUUCAGUGAGAACUGUGAUCAGUUUGAAUGUAACGUGGCGAAUUUUAUGAAGAAAAACAACGGAGUAUGUAAAGGUUAGUUUUUUACAAUUGGUAAUACAGUGUAUCCCUAUUCUUUCCGAAUACGUUUCCUCGAGGAUACGAGUUAUCUUAAAGUGUACUUUUCAACAACACUUAACUGAUCUGUUCUCAAGGACAGGGUAAUGUUUCCUUUUGAUAUGAUUUGAAUUUCGGUCACCCCUUUGGACCAGGUUCGUCUCCUGAUUUUGGCGAAAUUUUUAAUCAUCCUUCGGCUCUUUGAUGUCAACGUCAUUCCCCCUUCAAUUGUUUAGAUUUUGUUUCCGUUUUGAUUUCUUGUUUGUUUAUUUGUUUGUUUAUUUGUUUGUUUUCUCCCUCAGCUUGCAGGUGGAACGGCCAAUUGUAUUACGAUGGUGAUCAUUGGAAGGAAAAUGGCGUUGACUUUUACUGCAGCAGCUCUACUUUGCAAGUCAGGCCUGGCUGUUAUGUUUCCAACGGUAAAACGACAUGUACUGGAGCGAUAUCAGGUGUGGGUUUAAUUCAUUAGAUUCAAACUUGUUAUCAGCCUUGAUCCACUGAAAGAAAACCUUGAGUGCUUAGCGGCCUAUUAAAGAAGUCUUCACGACCUAGACUCAGGCCUUUUACGGGCGCCUAGGUCAAAAAUUUCCUCCACUCUCCUGUUCUCUCGACCUAACGAAUGGUUUCUUAAUUUUUUUUUUCGUAUGUCAUCUGCUUACAGGACUACGUGAGCUGUCCUUAAUAUCAAAAGACGACCUUUUCCUGUGUGAGAGUGGUGACGAGAUAAGAUCCCUUGGGGACAGGUGUGAUGUCAAGAAAGAUUGUAACGAUCACUCAGACGAACGAAACUGCAGUCAGUGUAAGUAUCUGAAAUCCACUUUGGUAUUUUUGUGAGAUGCUGCUAAAUUUUGUGUGAGAGGAUCUUAAGUGAAAGCAGCGUAAAACAAAGGAGACACGAAAGAAGGAAUUACGUCUAUAAACAUUGUGAUAUUGAAUAGAAAUAGAAAUUAUGUACUCAAAAGUAAAAUGACCAGAAACUCGAUCGAAAAAUAGAUGGUCGGUGAAGAAUUUAACAGAAAACAGACGGUAGCGUCACGUGAACUAAAUUGCAGCGAGGCUAAAGGGAUUCGUAAAAAAACGUGGUUUAAAAAAUUUCCCUGCGUACUAUUUGCACACGAAAGUGUAUUUAAAUUAUUUAUGAACAAGUACAAUUCUUCCUCCCUUUUUUUAUAAUGUUACCUACGACCUAUUUUCAGACUAUUGCGCUGCUGAAGAGUCACAUGGUUUUGUUUGGCUGAGAGCUCAAGUCGGGAGUGAAACUCUUAAAUCGUGUGCCGCCGCAAAUUCAUCUUGGACAGGUACUACCAGUUUCAUCAUAAUCAUCUCUUCUUGCAGGCAAUACUAGUGCCUAAAAAACGACACUAGUAUAUAGUUGACGCCUACUCAAUCGACCUCGUCGCCUAAAGAGGACUAGCACUAUGUUGUCGAAAUGUCGCAAUCCACAUCCGAAGUGACCACAUCGUGGGACAAACGAUUACACUUUUCUUUUGCAAUAUGUCAGUUGUUCUCUAAGGCAAUUCAACGGGUCGGAAUCCUAAAUUCUUGAAUCUGAUUGGCUAAUCGUGUGCUCGAAACUGGUCUAGUUUUAUACAGUCCGGACCGCGGUCCAGACGUUUUUCCGGGUCAUUCGUCACAAAGCGUUAAAAAGUGAAAUCGGCAGAAAAGAAUAAAAAGUUAUUUACCAGUCUACAUUAGCCCGUAUGGAGAAAACUGUGCCCUUCGGCUUUAGGUUGUACUCAAGACCUCGGGCACAGUUUUCUCCCAUAUGGAUCUCCUGCCCGGUAAAUAACUUAUUUAUAUGACUAUUCAAUCUGUAUUUUCAUUAACUAGGGAUUUUUGGAAGCAAAUGUGUUUAUUGGCCUUUAUUUGCCACCAAAUGGCAACACUUGAGCACAUGUACUUGUGAAAGAAAAUCCACGUUGGAGACUUUUAGGAAAAAAGUAAGUUCCAUUAUGCCAACAUGCAACAAGGGCUAGUCACGAAACGAUUGUAUCCAUGCUUCUUUAAAGGUUCCUAUCUAGUUUUAUAUCUAUGUAAAAACACGAGCCUUAACUAUUUAAAAUAUAGGCUCCAGAUCAAAGGAUCCGAGAGCAAUUGCGUUAAUAAUCAAGAAAUUUUACUCGUUCAGUGUAACAGGAAUAUCCAUGACUGCAACUGGCAGUGAAGCUUAACAAAAUGGGAGCGGAAGAGCGAACUUGACCUACUACAGGAUAAUUGCAACAUCCCUAGGUUCAGGGGGGGAUAGUUGCAUGCGGAAUCUUUAUGACUGAGAAAGAAACUGAGAUUGGUUUCAAAGAGGAAAAAUCGUCAUGUGAAUGAGAUAUUGCAGUUCAAAGACGAUGAUGUGAAUUUUUAUAAAUUAUCUUUUCAAAUGCUCAUUUCCUACGAGCUCUUAGACUAACAUGUACACUGCUUUUCCACUUUAGUUCGCAAAUCUCAACGAUACUAACUUCCUGAAUGUGUCAAACGAUCUGGCUACCGCCGCAGAGAACGGGGAUUUCAUGAAUAUCCGGUUGUUUCAUGAUCUAUUCAAAGAUUUGUUUUACAAUGUAACGCGGUUACUUACUCCAGUUUCACUGCAAAAUGCUGAUAAAGCACUGCAAUACUGUAAGGUACGAACUAAGAGAGGAUACGAAAUUACGAGAAAUUAUUGUACUCAGGAGCAAGUUUAAAAGUUUAAAAUCCAAAAUAGCUCAAAAGUUGAGUGGUAUUAUGAGUUAUUUUAAUUGUCAUCAAGGGGAAUAUAAAGAUUUAAAAAAUCUCAGAAUCUCGCAGUUAUUAGAUAAAUUGAGUUAAAAAGUUUGGUACAAAGGAGUGUGUCAGCACAAGUUGAAAAUUUAAAUCCAACUAAUACGGCCGCCAUUUGAUUGUUUUGGUAAAUGAAUAUUGUCGCCGUGACGUCAUAUGAAAUCAUACUUUCAAUAUAAUUUUACGUAGGAGUAUGUGGAGAUAUUAAUCAUUUGGUUCUGAUUUCAGAAUUUCAUCCAAACUCUGCUAUCAUCUCCGAUCUACGGGCGAAAGUCGUCAUUUUGCCGUAAACCGAAAUUGGUAAGCAACAGUUACUGUGACAUUGGAUCAGAGGAAAGAUUGAGCGAUAGAGAGGAAACUCGUGAUUGAAAUUGCUGUUGUUGUUUAUUUUUUCGUAGGUUGAAGGCAGGUUCCGAUUAAUUCAAAGCAUUUUUGUUUUCAGCAAUGCGAGAAGCCAAUGAAAACAUAUGCUUGUUUUUUAUUCUUGACUAACAUUCAAAGCGUUUUCGAUAACACAUCGUGAAACCACAUCCAAAAAAAUAUCAAUGCUAACGAAUGAAGUACACUUUGGAAAAACAUGAUCGGUUUCAGUAUUAAAUCUGAUUGGCUUAGAGGGUGAUGUGAGUUUUCCGAGCCAAUCACCAAGCGUAUAGCCUACAGUACAGUAUAUUAAGGCAUUAAAAUCAAUGAUGGCGCUCGCUCGCAAAAAUAAUGCCUGCUUUGCAGGUUAUCAAACGUAGUGAUAAAUAACUUUCCUUAAUUUAUUGAUCAAAAUUUCAAUUCAUUUAAAGUACAAAAUUUGGUUCUAUUGCACAAAUGUAAAUUUUGUUUGUUUAAGUGUAAUGUCUAUUUGUUUCCCAUAGGCUCAUGAUCGAAACUUUCAUAUCAAUAGAGCAUUAGAGUUUCUACGUCAGGCUCCUAACAAUACCGACGCCUUCAAGUAUGGCCAGAUGGGAUUUCAUCCAGUCAGGGAUAUUGAGUAAGUGCCCAUGCCUCUUUCGAAAUUGCUGAUUUCAGCAGAAUACGGGAUGCGUGUCACAUAUGAACAUAUGUAGUUUAGUAUUAUCAACUGAGUUGAUAAUACUGGCUCAGAGGUUGAGCGACAAGGCGCAGAAACCGAAGGCCUGACACUCGAUUCCUUUGGAUUUUUCUUGUCCCACGCUCGUGACAAGACGGUAAAACGUCUUUCUUUAUGAAAAUACCGUUAUUUUUGAAAGUAUCCGACGUAUGAGCACAAGUCGUAUUCUCUAACUGCAUAUUCUUCGCUGAGACAUACAACCGUAGAUUUUGUGCUCAAUGCGUCGAUUGGCAACGAGAUGUGGUUCUGAAAGUGUCCAAAGAUAAAGCAAUUUUCCUGAGCUCUUCCUCUUUACUUAGGAUGGUCCCAAAUGAAGUCAAAUUUGGUUGACUGACCUGGGUUGAAUUCUCGCCUUGAGUAAAUGAACAAUGAAAGUAAUCUAAAAAAAUUUAGGCCGGUUUUAAUGUCAAACAUAUAAGUCAAACUUCAAUAUUUUCAAAGUUGAGAAAGUGGGUAAUAUUUCCAGUUCUUUACCUCUAACAGUAGCCUUGAAAUGAUUUAAAUUAAACUUAAGUUGAGACAAAGCAGCUAACACUAUGAAGUUUUUUCUAACGUAGAAGGGUGAUAUCAAGCUGAGAGACUGACUUCCUUAUAUGAACUUUAUUCUUAAGGUGAUACCUCAAAACUUAUGUUCAGAUCAUUUCCUCUUACGGACAACCUGUAAUCUGGAGCUUAUAAAUUUUGCGUCACUAAUUUUGCUCAGCGGACAUUGCAUUCAGCGUGUGAUCGUUCACACGUUCAGAAAUUAAAGUAACAGUGAGGCGCAUACGUGGCAGUAAACUUAAGAAGUUUACUUUUUCUGGAGGGCAUUUCUGGCCAGUCUCUUAGUCAUUGUAUCUUAAUCGUAAUUUUACAGUAGCGAGCCGCAUAUCGUGGAUAACUUCCGGCCAAUCGCGCCACAAUUUCACCCCAUUAUAAUGAGACAAGAGCUAUCUCUUCAGUUAAACACCGCUAAGCUCUUACCAAGAGAGGUAGAAAAACCUAUCUCCGUACCUGUCGAUAAAAGCAACACCACUGGUAACGUGACAAUAGCAAAUGGAACAAGAGCUAAUACCACCGGCGCUUCCAUUGAAAAUGUGGUAGGUCAUUCAAAAGUGUUUAACUUUAAGCCUUAUUAGCCUAAUGGAUCUUGAAAAUCUAGCUUAAUGUUGGUUACUUACUAUAAGAGACAGUCUCAAAAAUGCUCAGAUUCCUAACUUUGUAGAUGUUUGCAUAGGGGAAACUCCAGAAUAUACGGCUCCACAAGUGUAUAAAUCUUUAUAGCUUAAACGAUUUUAUCGCUUAGGAGGUAAAAAAAGUAACAAUUUGCCAGUUGAUCCUGUCUUUUAUCAUUGUUGUCUUUCUUUUUCGUGAGAAUAACGAGCUUACAGAUGAGGAAAUACGCCAUCUGCUGCUGGCUAACAACUGCACGAAUCUAAAGUUUGAUGAGGUAAUGUGAUUUUUCUCGUGUCAGCUGGUUUAAAACUUAGUUUAUGUAAGAGAAGAAAAAUUGUUGCGCCUUGCAUGGAUUUUUUUUAGAGAAAGAAGGUGCGAAGUGACUAGGAGGGGGGUUAAUUUAAGUAACUCUUUGUCUUUAUUUCUGGUAUAGUGAAAAAUUGAUCAUUUUCUUAUAUUCUUAUUUUAUCUUAGGAGAUCGGGGCCGUCGUUUAUAACAAACGGAUAUCUAAUGAAUAUCAAAGGCACAUAGAAAUCCAAACUAACAUGGAACUAGUGCUAAUGUGUAUUUCUACGGCAGCAGUGCUUUUGGCCGUAAUACUAUUGACAGCGUUAAAGUAAGUUUUUUCUUUGACUUCUGAGGGAUUAUUGUAUAAAUUAGUACUCUCAUCAAUUAUUAUUCUUAGCACUUCUGCCAUUGUUGGUUUUUAGAGAAAUCCGGAUUGCUUUGGUUUAACUUUACUUUGCUCAGAGUUUGGUUCAGAAAAUCGUGCCAUUUUCUCAACUAAUCAGAGUCAAAACUAAAACCAGUUACGUCUCAGUUAUCCAUGUAUUUCCAGUUUCCGACGGUUUGCAUCUUAUCAGUUUGAAUUCUAACCCUGGCCCUAAGCAUCAGCUCCUUAUGAUAUUUCCGAUUGUCUAGAUUGGCCAUUGUGAUUACUGUGGUUCUUCUUUUAUGAUUCUCAAUCGAAAUACGUCUGAUUGGUUAACAUUCUCGGGAAUAAUGUUACAUGUACAUGAACUUACAAUGCAUCAAUUUAUGGGGAUUAUAGAAAUGAUAAAGGAAUUAUAUGCGGACGAGAGCAUAAUAUUCUUAAAUUUAUAGCUAGGACAUUACUUUCAAAUCUAAAAUGUUUAAGUUCAUUCUUUAGGUUAAAGAGUUCUGAGAGGUUGUUUAUACACAAGAGUCUCCUAUUGUCUCUGGCACUUGGACAUCUUGUGUAUAUUAUGGAUAAGACUUUGUUUGAUACAAGAGAAAAACAUGCGGUGAGCAAAUCUUUAGAGAAAAAGUAUAGCAUUUUAAACUUGUACUGGAUGUAAAAUGGUUCAGAAUGAAAUGAUAUUUUCUACCUAACUACGAAUUUUUUCAAUUUUUGGUUUAUUUAGGCUUUGUGUUCCGCGCUCACGGUCAUUCAAUAUUUUUUCCACACUGCAAUAUUUACAUGGAUGCUUGUGGAAGGAAUAAAUCUUUAUAUCAAGCUGGUUAAAGUGUUUUCAGUGAAGAAGCAAUAUGUGGCAUAUGUGGCCAUGGGAUGGGGUAAAUAUCCAGUUCAUUUCCAAUCUAGUCCAGUAAUUUGAACUAUUUCUGAGGCACAGUUGCAGAAGCUCGUUCGACCCUUUUUUUUGUCAGCCUAAACAAGACAAGAAACCUUAAUUACUUUACUGAGUGUACUGAGGAGAAGGAGAAAUAUACAAGCCUCAAUUGUCAUUAUAUCCUGUCCUCCUCUUUUUAAGGAAUUCCUAUUGUUCUCAUGGGGUUCGUGGCUGCUAUCAGUCCGUCCACAUUUGACAUGGGGAAGGCUUCGUAUACAGAUGUAUCAUGUGGAGCUCUUCAACUCACAGCUAAAAAUGAACGACGCAGGUAUUUUUGUUGAAAAGUUUCUACUUUCCAACACAAGCUCCAUUUUCGUUUUCUGGGUACAAAAAUAGGCCGUCAAAAUACCCUAAGGUAGGUUGAAAGUUUAGCCUUAGAUUAAUUCCGUGAACUACCGUUGUAUCUAUAUUCUUGGUUCAAGGAAUUAAUCUUCAUAAUUUGAUUUGAGUAAAAUAAGAACUUCUAGUGAAACACCGGGGAAUAAUAGCAAACUCUUUCACUCUAUGCCCAACGCAGCUUAUUCGAUGAAGAUCAUUUGGUUAUGACGCACAACGUUUUAAACCAGAGAAACUUGAUUGCAUCCACUCUAAUAGACAAUUUUUUCUCCCACAGAUGUUGGAUCAACGGAAGUGUUUGGAUUUAUAAAGGACCCAUAUUAGGGAUUCUAAUGGUUUGAUGUCUUUUUAAUUCAAUUGAUCUUUAUUUCCAGUGACUAUCGGAGAAGACCAUUUAUGUAUCUUGGUUUUUCUUGCAGGCAAAUACUGUGUUAUUUGCAAUCCUGCUUCGCGUCAUAUUUGGAAAAAUAUCUACUAGAUACGGCAAUGAUCAUAUGCAAGCUACAAAGUAAGGAAAACUAUUUGCAUGAACUAAGAACUAUGUUCCUCCAUUUCGCAAACAUUUACUUCGUAAUUUAAGCAUGGAUGAACUAUCUCUUCCAAUUGUUUCUCAUUAGGAAGGGUAUCAGAAGUAUCGUGGCAUUGCUUCCGUUGCUCGGAGUCACGUGGCUGCUGGGUUUUUUCGUAGAGCUCCAUCAUGCUGUAGUAUAUAUCUUUAUUCUGCUAAACUCUACACAAGUAUGUAAUUCAAGUUUUAAAAAUGCUUCAAUGGUUGACUCCCUAAGGGACUGGUCAAUUUUCAUCGCUCGGGGAGGAGGGUCGGAGGAUUUUGACUGUGUCAUGAUAAAAUUUACUUGAUGCCACCUCAUUGGGAGUCUCAUUUCCAUAUACCCCUUUUCAUACUUUGUUGACGACGAAUUCUAAUCCCCCUUCUAUCCCGUGAUCUCCUACAUAAUCCCUCCUCCCCCCCCCUCCGAGAUAAAUUGAUUAUGACUGAUCCCUAAGAUUUUUAAAAUAUAGAAAAAUGUAAAUAGAAAUGAAUAUGACAGCAAUCUUCGUAGUAACUACUUUGACAGUAGUGAAAAUAAGACCUGACAAAAAAUCAGGCCUGUGCAGUAUUUAAAUCCAUGACCUCUGCGAUACUGGUGCAGUGCUCUACCAACUGAACUAAAAAGCCAAUUUGGAGCCUGUCAUUAUGUCGGUUCGUGAUAAACCCGUGAACGAAAUACCAAGGCUUCCCGCUGAAAAUACUUGUUCUUGUACCAUGCAAACAUACAACUCCGAGUUGGUCAACGAAAACUAUGAAUAUGACUGUUUCAUUUUGAUUUUUUCUGUUAUGGUCAUAGGGAAUCGUGUUUUUCAUCUUUCAUUGUGUUCUUGACGAAGAGGUAGGGAAAAUCAAAGCACAAUUUUUUUAUAAUUCUCAAUUAGAGGAA